UUCUAGCCGUUUUUUCUCUCUCUGUUUGGAAUCCUGACUUUUUUGCUUGUCCCCCCCCCCUUUUGUCGGAUGAGCUAUGUCGAGUUGAGUGUGUCGAGAGACAUGUUGAUGAAAUCUUCUAGCUCAAAAGUCCAAAUACUCAAAUCGGAAUGAGGGACGAACUCGAAGACCGCCGUCUGCUCGAUCAAGUAGACGUCGAUAGCGAUGACUUGGCGACCCAACCAAGCAUCGACGAGGCACGGCAGGCAGAGACAGCUGCAGAGCCCACGGCCCGUCCAAAGCCCAGGAUUGCUCUCGUCCGCAUUGCCGGCCUCAUCGUCGCACUCUGUCUGGGCUCCCUGCUUGUUCUGCUGUUUGCCCUGAACCGCCACGCUUCCGGCGCCCCCUUAGACGACAGCCAGCUUGCCAUUCCACUUCAUCCGACCGAGCAUUCCACAAGAGAUCCCACCACACUGACCUUUGACUGGCAUGUCACUUUGGGCACGAAAGCCCCGGAUGGGGUGGAGAAGGAGGUGUAUCUGAUCAACGGACAAUUCCCGGGGCCAACCAUCGAGGCACGAUCCGGGGACCGCAUCAUCGUCCGUGUCCACAAUGACCUCAAGGACAAGGCCGACGGCGUCUCGCUGCACUGGCACGGCCUUCGCAUGCAGGGCUUCAACGCCAUGGACGGAGCCGUUGGCUUCGUUCAGUGUCCUAUCCCCGCUGGCGGCUCGUUCGUCUAUGACUUUCGCAUCCGCGACGACGAGCACGGCACGUUCUGGUGGCACGGUCACUCCCAGCUGCAAAGGGGGGACGGCCUCUUUGGCGGGUUGGUGAUUCACGAGCCGAGACAACAUCGGAGCGACAAUGAGGCUGCAAGUGACGAAGCACUGCUCCUCAUCGGUGACUGGUUCCAUCGCCGGCAAAGUGAUGUCCUCGAUUGGUACAGCAGCCCGGCGAGUGCAGGCAACGAGCCCGUGCCGGAUUCCAUCGUCAUCAACGGCCGUGGCCGAUACGACUGCUCCAUGGCCGUGCCGGCUCGUCCUGUCAAGUGCAAGGCAACCAGCUUGAGCAACUUCCCGCCUCUGAUCAAGAAGGCUACAGGGGAGACGCUGCUGAGAGUUGUCAACACAGGCACCGUCGCCGGCUUGACUGUCGGCGUUGACGGGGCUUCCCUCCAGCCGACACACAUGGAUGGAGGCUGCAAGGUGGAUUCGAAGCCGGCUGAUUCCAUUGGUACUCUCUAUCCCGGAGAGAGGGUUGAUUUGUUGCUCAAGUGGAAGACUGAUCAGGCGGCGGAGCCGUGGUUCAACGUAUAUCUAGAUCAUGAGAAUCUUCGUUUCGGCAACCCGGCGUUGAACCCCAACCAUACCUUUCCAGCUCUACCGAAAACAGUCACGGCUCAUGAUAGGGACCAGGCGCCCCCUUUGAGAUUCAGCAGCAGUCAUCUUGAUCUAGCGUCCCUUUCUGCCACCGAGGAGCCAUCUCCCAUCGCCACGGCGGAAGAAGAACAAACUGUUCUGCUCUACGUCUCGACUCAGAAGCUUGCGGUGCACGGAAACAAGCCGCUCGGCUUCGUCAAUCACACGGUUUGGCAACCACAGUCGCCGCCGCUGCUGUCACUGAACCGGUCAUCCUGGGACGAGAACCAGUUCGUCCCGUUCAUCGGCAGCGGGUCAAAGCCAACAAAGGUCAAGCUGGUGAUCAACAACCUUGACGAUGGUUCACACCCAUUCCAUCUUCAUGGCUAUUCUUUCCACGUCCUGUCCUCCUUCCGGGCAGACAAUGCCAAGCUUGGGAGCUAUAACCCUUACGAAACACCGGAAGACAAAUCACCAGGCCAUUGGAAACGGGAGAGGCCUCUCCGGAAGGACACCGUCAGCGUGCCGAGAAAAGGCCAUGUGGUGCUGUCAUUUGUCGCCGACAACCCCGGAAUGUGGAUGCUACACUGCCAUAUGAUGGUACACCUUGGAACAGGCAUGGCGACGGGCUUCCAGGUCGGAGUACCAGAGGAUGAAGAGCAUAUAUAUGGAUUGGACGAGUCAGCAGCGAGGUUGUGCAAAGCGUCGG